UCAGACGCGUAAAUCGUCGUUCGACUUUGGGAAGUCUACGAGUCCUCUUUCACUUGUCAUGCUCUCGCACAUUUUCCCAGAUCCCAGAACUGAGCGAGUUUGACGCGCGCUUCUGCGACGCCCCCUACAGCACAAAUCUUACCACUAACCACCAUGUCUGCCCUCCACGCCUGUCUUCAAGUCGUACGUCUCGCUGAGGCUGCUAGUAGCAGUGUUCCAUAUGUCAGGAGCGUGGCCAAGGUCGCCUUACUCGUCUUCCAGCUCCUCGACCAAAGAGGGAAGAACAAAGAAAAUGUCAAGGAGCUCUGUGACAGCAUCGCAAACACGAUCGUCGUCAUCGAUACUCUCGUUCGUAUGCAAGGAGAACGUGGAGCUUCGUGUUUUAAGGAUAUUUGUGGAGAGAUGGAAGGGUAUCUUCACUGCAUGGUGCAAGAUAUCAAGGAUAUGAAGCACAGGCAUCGUGGUCUGAAGAGUGUUCUCAGCAUCGACGAGUUCCGAGACACCAUCCAAGCUUACAAUAAGCGUGUCAACGAUUUAAAAAUGGACUUUUUGAUCCAUGUAACGGGAGACUGCCUGUUUGAGGUCAUGCAGAUGCAUUGCCUAUUGAAGGAUGUGACGGCUCAAGCUGCGGCGCGUCACUCCGCGGACGAAGCUUUCGUGAUCUGGAUCCCAAAAACAAGUGCUGUAAUCACGGCUUUAUUUUUUUUUAAACCCCGGAUCUGAAUGAUGUUGAUUUGAGCCCGCGUCGGAUCACAUCAAUUGAGCAGGCUCCAGUAAAUUUUAUGUAUUUCGACAGCUUCGAACUCUUCAGCGUUUAGAUGGCAUACGUAUUCCAGGCUGUGAUAUUUAGCACUUAUUUGUAUCCAAUAUUACCUGUAGCCUAUCGAGAAGCGCGCGCAGCGUUUAGCGAAAACUCGUUCCUUCCUCC